GCAGGGUCCGGAGCAGGACACCGCGGGCAGGAGCAGCAAUGGCGGACGCCUUCAUCCGGCACAUCGAGCUGCUGGGCUACGAGAAAAGGUUUUUCCCCAGCCAGCACUAUGUCUACAUGUUCCUGGUGAAGUGGAAUGACCUAUCCGAAAAGGUCGUCUACCGCCGCUUUACUGAGAUAUACGAGUUCCACAAAGUGCUGAAGGAGAUGUUCCCCAUUGAAUCCGGGGACAUCAACACAGAGAACCGGAUCAUCCCACACUUGCCAGCCCCAAAGUGGUUUGAUGGGCAGCGCUCGACUGAGAACAGGCAGGGCACGCUGGCCGAGUACUGCUACACACUGGUCAACCUGCCCCACAAGAUCUCUCGAUGCCUGCAUGUGGUCAGCUUCUUCAAGGUCCGUCAUGAUGACAUGAACCCUGUCACGGACAGCCAGAUCAAGAAGCCUGAGGUCUUCCUCCUGCCGAAGGAUUCCAAGCAAAGCCUCACUGACAUCACAGGCCCCAUCGUCCUGCAAACCUAUCGAGCCAUCGCUGACUAUGAGAAGAGCUCCAUGUCCGAGAUGGCUCUAAAAGCUGGGGACAUGGUGGAUGUCGUGGAGAAGAGCGAGAAUGGCUGGUGGUUUUGCCAGUUGAAGAAUAAACGGGGCUGGGUGCCUGCUGCCUAUCUGGAGCCGAUGGAUGGUCCUGAUGAGUCUGAAGAGCAGGAGCCCAACUAUGCAGGUGAGUCGUAUGUGGUCCAGAAAAGCUACACAGCUGUGGAAGAGGACGAGUUGACCCUCAAGGAGGGUGAUACAAUCGAAGUCAUCCACAAGCUCCUUGAUGGCUGGUGGGUCAUCAGGAAGGAUGAAACCACGGGUUAUUACCCCUCCAUGUACCUGCAGAAAGCUGGAGAGGUAAACUCUGUGAAGAGUGAACUGAGGAACCGGAGUGCUCCUCCACGGAGAUCCACCAUCCGAAAUGCGAAGAGCAUCCAUAAGCAGGGCCGGAAGCAGAUCAGCCCGGAGACUUACAGGAGGAACAGCAAGAAGUACAUCCAGAGCCAGUGGAACAUGCAGGGAAAUUCCCAGAACAAGGCCAAUGUCAUCAUUGAGAAAAAUGAGCCACAGGACAACAAGGCCAAGGCUCAACCUGCUGUUCCUCCUCGUCCCAGCAAAGAUCUCAUCUUGAACCGCUGCACUGAGAGGACCUGGAGGAAGAUCCUGUGA